UGUUACUCUCUUAACUGUAUUUUAGUUGCAAAUUAAUCACUUACGGAAUGAAGCAUUUUAUCUCACUACAAAUUCUCCUUUUACUAAUUUCAGUAAAAAUUUUUUUUAUAAAUUCUCAAAAAAUGGGAGUUCCAGCAUGGGAUAUUUUUAGAUAUAAUUUGGGGCUUAUAAAAACUACUAGAUUAAUACCUAUAACAUCAACAACAGUUGCUACCAAAACAAAAACAACAACUGAAAAUACGACUACAAGAAAACCAACUAUUUCAAGAAGAACAAUAACAACGAAAAGAAGAACUACAACUACAUGUGAACCUCCAUCAACUACAUUAUCGACAACCGAAUUAACAAUUUCUUCAUCAACUAUUCAACCAACAACAACAUCUCUAACUACUCCAGAAAUUUAUAAAACAACUUAUCCAACUGGUAGACCUACAUUUUAUACAACUUCAACAAUCCCAGAUACUACAACUGCAACUACUACACCUUUUACUCAAUUUCCAUUCGAAUAUUUAUUGGAAUUAAUCGAAUCAAUUAAAAAAUUAACUAAUGUUAUAGCAGAAUUAACAAAUAUGUUAAAAGAUUUGGGAACUAUAUUACCCGAAGGUACAGAGGAGCCAGAAAUAGAAACAACAUCAAAAACAACAACUGAUAUGACGACAACUACAAAAUUUACUACAUCAACAACUAUAUCAACUUCUAAAGGGACUACUCCAUCUUAUCCUCCAGAUGAAGAUGAAUGUUUCAAUGAAGAAGAACCAUUAGACGAAUAUUGUUUUAAUGAAUAAAUUUUUAAAAUUUUGAAUAAUUUUUUUUUAAUAAAAUAUUGCAUAUGUUAAGUUAGUAGAUGUAGUAAUGUCAGUAGAAGUAGUAAAUAAUGUUGACGUUAAAAUUAUGUGUACGUCUUGAACUCAAA